AUGGACUACAUCUCGGUGCCAGACGUCGAGAAAAGCGGAGGAGACUAUGCUCACCUUACCAACACGACCAUUCAAGGCUUUAGCUGGGAGGGUGUGUCUGUCACUAUGGAGGAUAGAGUCACGAAGCUGCCGAAGACAAUUCUGUCUGACAUUAGCGGUGGCUUGAAAGCUGGCGAACUGCUCGCAAUUAUGGGUCCCAGUGGCUCUGGAAAGACGACUUUACUUGAUGUUCUAGCUCACAGAGGGACGACCGGAAAGGCUACAGUCAAGAAGUCAUUAUAUGUCAAUGGCAGCCAAACAUCGCUAGGGGAUUUCCGGCGCAUAAGCUCCUACGUAGAACAGGAGGACGCGCUUACAGGCUCGUUGACAGUGAAGGAGACGCUUUACUUCGCCGCCAAAUUAUCGCUUCCUAGUACCGUAAGCAAGAUAGAGCGUACGCAAAGGAUCGAGGCCCUUCUAGCAGCAUUUGGACUCCAAAGUCAGGCGAAUACCUUGAUCGGCACGCCCAUCCGCAAAGGUAUCAGUGGCGGCCAGAAGAGGAGAGUGAGUGUGGCCAGCCAGCUCAUAACCAGUCCGAAGAUACUUUUCUUGGACGAGCCUACAAGCGGGCUGGAUUCGGCGGCAAGCUUCGAGGUCAUCUCCUUUGUAAGGAGCAUUGCGAAGCAACAUGGGAUCCUGAUCAUCGCCAGCAUACAUCAGCCAUCCACAUCCACCUUCGCUCUCUUCGACAAGCUACUUCUUCUCUCGAGCGGCAGGAUUGCAUACAAUGGCACUAUCGCGGACGUCCAACCAUACUUUGACUCGCUGGGAUAUAGCAUGCCUCUAUACAUGAACCCGGCUGAGUACGUUAUUGACUUGGUGAACAUUGACUUUGCGCGAGACACAGAGAGGGCCCACCUGCAGCUGGAGAAGAUACAGUCAUCAUGGAGUAAAUCGCCAAACGCCACAACAAUUGUACAUGAAAUCGGCGGGGAGACGGCUCCCCGGGAAACUACCCCUACGGUUGUUGCUGAGGAAUAUGGCUCCGCUAACAAGCUCCUGCUCCCGUUUACACUCAUCCACCGCUCUUUCAUCAAGAGCUACAGGGAUGUCGUAGCGUAUGGCAUCCGUGUAGCAAUGUACAUGGGCCUCGCGAUUAUGAUGGGAACAGUGUGGCUCCGUCUUGAUACGGAUCAAAAGAACAUCCAGUCGUUCAUAAAUGCAAUUUUCUUCGGAGGAGCCUUCAUGUCUUUCAUGGCGGUCGCGUACAUUCCGUCAUUCCUAGAAGACCGGUCUUUGUAUGUCAAGGAACGAGCGAACGGCCUCUACGGACCUACGGCAUUCAUGAUAGCGAACUUCAUCAUCGGCCUCCCAUAUCUGUUCAUCAUCUCCCUCCUUUUCUCCUCGAUAACCUACUUCCUCUCCAACUUCCGGCCGACCGCCACCGCUUUCUUUACUUGGGUCAUGUACCUGUUCCUCGACCUAAUCGCCGCCGAAUCCCUUGUGAUACUGAUUUCAAGCCUCGCUCCCAUCUUUGUCGUGGCCCUUGCCGCAACUGCGUUUGCCAACGGGCUUUGGAUGAGCGUUAUGGGGUUCAUGGUCGAGCCAAAAACCCUCAAUGUGUUCUACAGAUACGUGUUCCAUUACAUCGACUAUCAGGCCUAUGUCUUCCAGGGCAUGAUGGUGAAUGAGUUUGCGGAGAGGACGUAUGACUGCGGCAAAGAUUGCCAGUGCAUGUAUGUGAGCGACUUGGCCGACCAGUGUAAAGUUGAUGGGAAGGCGGUGUUGGCAGUGUAUGGGUACAGGCAGGAUAGGAAUGGCUUAUGGGUGGGCAUAUUGCUGGCGAUUGUGCUAGGGUACCGGCUUCUCGGAUGGCUGGUACUGCAUCUUCGCCGGACCUAG